AUGGAGGACACCGAAGCAUCCGUUGUUCCUGUCCAUACUAUACCCCCUCCACUACCAUAUUCGCUACAUACUCGGAAAAAGGCCAUCGCCUUCUUCUGGACCAUCUUUGUUCUAGAUACAUUAGGUCAGCCGGUCGCGCUGUACUGGGGAUUAUGGUAUGGGACCAAUCUAUCGCAUAACUUGGUAUUUUCAAUUGUGACGGCUUGUUUAGGAGGUAUUUCGGUCUUCGAAUACUUCUACCGCUUAUACAACCUCUUCCGCAAAGAUUCGCGCGCUCGACCACUGAAUGCGCGGAAAUCAUGGCUGGAUUUCUUCCAUAUCAAUUUCACCAUUGUGUGGUUGAUUCUCGCCGUCGAAUUGAUUGUUGGAACGGUCCCUAAAGAACCAUACGUCCGCCUCAUCGCAAUGAUCCUCCCAACAGUCAUGUUCUACUUCGGAUUCGUUCACCUCUCCCUCGAUAUCCUGCGCAUGGCUGGUUUCAAAGCCCCCUUCCGUAUCUCAUCCACACCCAAAGGCUCCGUAAUGCCAACAGCUCUCUACGCCCUAAUUGAAGAUGUCGUCGCCGUCGACGGUGGAGGCGGGCAAAUCUACCGCUACGCCCUGCGAACAAGAUAUCUCUCUAGUCCAUACUUCCGCCGCAUGCUCUUCGAAAUGAAUUGUUUCUGGAGCGGAGGUUCAAUUAUAUGUGCAGCCGCAAUCACUGCUAUAAUCUUUACUGUUUCCGAACCUAUCGCUUACACGUUGGGCUGGACACUCCCUUUCGCAUGGGCAUUACUGUGGACUGCCAUCACUAUCCCCUGGGUACAAAGUGAUCUGCGCCGAGAGAAAAAGGCCUGGGCGGAGAAUCGUGGUCAGGGCGGAAUUCCUUGGACAGAUGACAUCACUGCUCCGACAGCCCGGACGCGUUUCGAAUCUGUCCAGGAACGUUUGCCGAAUAUUUUACCCUGGAAUAGGGACAAGCAGAGUGCACCUUCGACACCUUCUAUUGAAGGAGAUUGUGUUGAUGGUAUGUCUCAUGAGGCGCGAACUGAAGAGAAUGGAGUGGCCGUGAAUAAUGAUGUUGAGACCACCGCGGAACAUAAGUCUGAGCAAAUCCUUGCGGAUGGGGCCGAUGUUGAUGUGGAUGAGAAGACAACAGAAGAAAUGCCUCGUGAUACAAUGACAACGACAAAUACGACUACAACCCACGACGAACCGAGUCAACAACCUUGA